CAGGCGCGGAGUCAAUCUCGCGAGGAAGCAGCAGAAACCAGUUUUCUCGGGCGGCAACGACGGCGGCAGGCGCUCCUUCGCUUCAUCCCUCCCCCUCCCCCCUGUCGCUUUAGACACACCCACACCCACACCCAGACACAGAACCCCCCUCUUCGCUUAGCAUACAGGUAUGGGCACGCCGACCAAGCGAACGGAGCGCGUGCUGUCUGACGCCGCCGACAAGGUGGCCAAGGCCGAGGAGGCCGCGCGCCAGUACGAGGCGCAGCUGGCCGAGGCGGCGGCCAAGAAGCGCCAGCUCGAGGAGGAGAACGAGAAGCUGCGCGCCUCCAUCCUCAACAUGGCGCUGCAGAACGCAAGCGUGGACCUGCGCCGCGAGCACGUGCAGCUGCGGCAGACGCUCGACUCGUACCAGACCAAGAUCGACCAGAUGCGCGAGAUCUCGCUGCUCUCGGCCAAGGUGGUGGACAGCCGCAUUAAGACCAAGCAGGGCCGGCAGUACGUCGAGUACAAGCUGCAGAUCGAGACAGACAUCCGAGGCACGCUGGUGCUCUGGCAUCGAUACAGCACCUUCUUGAAUUUGGCCGCCACGCUCAAGGCCAAGAACCCCACGAGCGAGCACGACAUCCCGGAGCUGCAGACGCAGAGCCUGACGGGCUUUUUCUCGGACCAACUCAUAAUCGACCGCAUCGCCAAGCUCAACGAGUUCCUGGACGUGGUGACCAAGGCGGACGAGUUCCAGUGGGGCAUCCGGAUAGAUAAGGACACGUGCGUGUACAAGCGCAAGAGCAAGCGCGUGGACCGGUCCUUCAGCGUCGGCUCCCGGGAGAGCAUCUCGACGCUCACGCCCAGCAUGCGCGACAGCAUGUUCAUGCCGGCGUCCUCUCGAGCGUCCACCAUCUCCAUGGACUCGUAUUAGAGCGCGGAGAUGUCCGUUCACAUUGGAUUAUCGGACGAGGCUCGAGGACGUUGGUGAAGGACCCUUUUUGGAGAGGACCAAGUAGUAGUGUAUCACAGGAAAUUGCAGGACAAGUCGCGACGUGUGGAAAGGAGAAGAAGAGAGGCCGACAAGCAAAGAGGCAGCAAGCAGAGCAAGCGAGCGGCAGCGGCCAGGACGGAAGGAGGCCCGCAGUGUGGCCUUGUGUACAGGGUGUCCGGCGAGUUGGACGGACUCCCAGUUUAACGACAAGAGAGGGAAGGAGAGCGAGACAUAAUGCAACGUUGUUUUUACAU